AUGGAUUUCACAUCAGAUCUGAUAGCUUCGCCCAUUAGAAGACAGUCUCAUUCUAGUGAUUUGAGUCACGAUAAUAAUAGUGGAAGUAGUGUAAUAUUAACAGAAACUGAGAAGAGACGAUUAGAAUUACAAGAAUUGAAAGAAAGUUUAUUAAAAGAAAGAGAUUCACUAUGGGAUGAAGAAGUCUAUUUAAGAAGAGAACUAGAUAAAUUAGAAAGAGAGAAAUUUAUGCAAGGGUUUACAUCUUCUGAAUCCUCAGAUUUCGAAUCGAAUAGUGACAAUGAAACAAAACCAGCACAAUUAAAAGACAAAAAUGGAAUAAAGAUUGCAAGUAACAUUUCUACUAAUAUUACAACAACUGAUAAUAAUAAUAAUAAUAAUAGUAACAUUGAUCCUAAUGCUGCUCGAAUAUUUUUAGAUUUAAUGUUGUUAUCAUCCAAGAAACAACAAGCUGUGGAACCUAGACCCAAACCGAUCCAUAUUGAUGGUACUUCUACUCUACAAGAUGAAAUCAACGUUAAAUAUGAUACUUUACCUCUUUUAAAUAUGGAAUUAAGAUUAAAAUAUCUACAAAAAUAUUUGUAUCCUUAUGUAGAGAUUCACAUAAAUAAUUUGACAGAAGAAGAUAAUGGCAACAAUAACAAUAGAUAUAAUGAUGAUAAUGGUAAUGGUGAACAUAACUAUGAGGUGACUAUUAAAUUCAAAAGAAAUCCUAAAUCACCAUUCCAAAUAAAAUUCCAUAUAAACUAUGAUCCCAAAGAUGGAUCUAAUGGUCAAUUAAAGAGGUUCCAAAUCUUAGAAAUCUCAAAGAGAGUUAGGCUAUUUUUUGAAAGAAUACUUUACCUAAAUGGGCAACUCUUAGUAGAAAAUCCAGUAACACUAAUAUUUUUUUGUUUGGAAUUUGAUAGACUCACAUAUCAGUGUGAUUCGCUCAUAACACAAAUAAGAAACAAAUUUCAAAACAGACUCCGAUACAGUCAAGAUGUAGGAGAUCCUGAAUUGAAAGUAAUUAAAUUAAAGGAAUUAAAAGAACCAAGUGAGAAAGAGUUUAUAAUCAAGUUGGAAAUUCAUACUCAAAGACUAGCGACAGAUUUUAAGGGUAAAAGAAGUUUAAUGUUAUUAUAUCCCCAGUUAAAAAUCAUACUAACACUACUGCAUGAGGAAAAAGAGAUUAAGGAUCCAGAUAUUAACAAUAUAUUUGAACAGCUGUUGCCUGAUUAUGAUAUAAAUAUAGCAUUAAUAGAAUUAAUAUCAAGUUUAAUGUUUAUUUGA